UUGGCUCCGCUCUGCUCCCUGCGCAAAAACUCGGGGGGGAAAAAAAACCGCCACAACUCCGGCACCGUACGAUGAGCAGCAAAGCCCGUAAUUUCCGCCGCCGAGGCGGAGAUGGCGCCGACGACGACGAAGACAACGACAAGAGUACCAAGACCUCCACCACCAACGGCUCCACCACCACAUCAUCAAAACCCCAAUUCAAAUCCAUUUCCUCCGCUUCAAGACCUAAAAAACCGGUAACUGCAGUUCCCAAAAGCCGCCUGAGCUUCGCUGACGAUGAGGAAGCCGACGCCGACCAAUUGCCCAUUAAACCUCGUCCCUCUUCAUCAAACACUCGUCUCUCCAGACCCUCUUCUUCUUCCUCUUCUCAUCAUAAGCUCAGCUCGUCUAAAAACCGAAUUGGGCCUCAAACGACGGCGUCGCUACCUUCCAAUGUGCAACCCCAAGCUGGAACUUACACCAAAGAAGCCCUCCUUGAGCUCCAGAAGAACACUAGAACCCUCGCCUCUUCCCGUUCAGCCCGGCCCGAACCUCCCAAAUCGAAGCCCGAAGUGACGCCCACUGAGCCCGUUAUCGUAUUGAAAGGGCUAGUGAAGCCAAAACCGAAUAUGGUUGACGAUGCAGAUGGGGAAAUCGAGAAUGACGAGAUGGGUGUUGAGCAGCAAGGCGAUUUGGUGAGAACUGAGAGAGAUGAGGCAAAGUUUAGAUUGGGUUUGAGAGGGAAAAGUGAGGUUUCUGGGGGAGUCAUACCAGACCAGGCGACAAUAGACGCGAUAAGGGCAAAAAGAGAGAGGCUCAGGCAGGCAGGGCCUGCAGCCCAGGAUUAUAUAUCAUUGGAUGGAGGAAGUAAUCAUGGUGAAGCCGAGGGGUUGAGCGAUGAGGAGCCAGAAUUUCGAGGGAGAAUCGGGUUUUUUGGAGCAAAAAUUGAUGGUGGGAAGAAGGGCGUGUUUGAGGAUUUUGAGGAGAGAGUAACGGCAAAGGAUAGCGCUGUUCUUAAUAGCGAUGAUGAGGAUGAGGAAGAAUUGGAAAAGUUGUGGGAAGAGGAGCAGGCAAGGAAAGGUUUGGGAUUAGGAAAGAGGCUAGAUGAUGGCGUUAGUGUAGGAGUCAGUAGUAGUACUGCUGGUGGUAGUAGUGUUAAUGUGCCUCAGAGUGUCCCUCAGCAGAAAUUUGGUUUUCCAAUCGUGGCCUCUGGUAGUGUAUAUUCUUCAGUGCAGAUUAGUUCUGUUGAUACUGUUGGUCCUAGUAUUGGGGGUGCUGUUGGGGGAUUGCCUGGAUCAGAUGAAAUGCCGAUAUCACAAAAAGCUGAGCUCGCUAAGAAAGUUUUGUAUGACAAUGUGAAGAUGCUUAAGGAGUCUCAUAAGAAAACAAUGGAUACAUUAACAAGGAAUGAUGAAAAUCUAUCCGCUUCACUGUUGAAUGUCACCAAGCUGGAAAAUUCAUUAUCUGCUGCUGGUGAGAAGUUCAUCUUUAUGCAAAAGCUUCGUGAGUUUGUUUCUGUUAUAUGUGACUUUUUGCAGCAUAAGGCUCCUUUUAUUGAAGAACUUGAAGAUCAGAUGCAGAAGCUUCACGAAGAAAGAGCAGCUGCAAUUCUAGAAAGAAGAAUCGCUGAUAAUAACGAUGAAAUGAAGGAAUUAGAACCAGCUGUGAGUGCAGCAAUGUCUGUUUUUCGUAAAGGUGGAAGCAGUGCAGCAAUGAUAGAAUCAGCUAUAAGUGCUGCUCAGGCUGCAUCUGCAGUUGCAAGAGAAUUAAGAGACUUACCUGUGGAGCUAGAUGAACUCGGCAGAGAUUUGAAUCUGCAGAAACGAAUGGAUUUAGCUAGGAGGGCAGAGGCUCGACAAUACAGGAAAGCUAAGUCAGAUUCAAAGAGAUUGUUGUCCAUGGAAAUUGACAGUCCUAAUCAGCCAAUGGAAGGGGAAUCAAGUACUGAUGAAAGUGACAGUGAGAGUACAGCUUAUCAGUCAAGUCGUGAUCAGUUGCUUCAGAUUUCUGAACAGAUCUUCAGUGAUGCAGCUGACGAUUAUGCUCAACUUUCAGCAGUUGUAGAAAGGUUUGAGAGAUGGAAAAAGGAGUAUGCUUCAAGCUACCGUGAUGCUUAUAUGUCACUAAGUGCGCCUACUAUUUUCUCUCCUUAUGUAAGGCUUGAGCUUCUAAAGUGGGAUCCACUUCAUGAGGAUUCAGACUUUAUUCAUAUGAAAUGGCACUCCUUGUUAUUUGAUUAUGGUCCAGAAGAUGAUGCUGACGCCAACCUUAUUCCGGAACUAGUAGAGAAACUGGCAAUUCCAAUUUUGCAUCACCAGUUAGUAUACUGCUGGGACAUGCUUAGUACACGUGAAACAGAGUACGCUGUUUCUGCUACAAACUUGGUCUUAGGAUAUGUUCCUCCAUCCAGUUUGGCACUUGGGAACUUAGUAGCUGCACUUCGAGACCGCCUGGCUGAUGCUGUGACCAAUUUGAUGGUGCCAACGUGGAACACACUUGUAUUAAAAGCUGUACCAAACGCGGCAAGAGCUGCAGCGUACAGAUUUGGUGUGUCUGUUCGUUUGAUGAAGAACAUAUGUCGAUGGCAUAAGGUUCUUGCAAGGCCAGUAUUGGAAAAGCUUGCUCUGGAUGAACUGUUAAUUGGCAAGAUUCUUCCUCAUCUUCGAAGCAUUGAAUCAAACAUUCACGAUGCAGUUACAAGAACAGAGAGAGUUGUUGCCUCCUUAGAUGGGGUCUGGGCUGGUCCAAGUGUUACUGGGGAUCGCAGCCCAAAACUGCUGCCACUGGUGGAAUUUUUGCUAUCACUUGGAAGGACGCUGGAGAAGAGGCAUGUUUCUGGUGGGAUUCAGACAGAAACUGCUAAACUUGCUCGCCGAUUGAAGAAGAUGCUUGUGGAGCUAAAUGAGUACGACCAAGCUAGGGCAAUAUUAAGAACCUUUAGUCUCAAGGAGGCGUUGUGACUCCCUUAUCUCCGAUGUCUAAUUGUCCCUCUUGCUCCUCCUCUGUCUAAUGGUUCCCCCUUGCUUGUACAUUUAAUGGUUUCAAAGACUUGGGGAGCUAACAUCAGCUCUUGCUUAGGAAAGUUCAUAAAGCACAAUUUUGAAAAGAAUGAGAUUCCUUGAUACACCGAGUUAGCAUAGUCUUUGAAUUAGAUGCCCUUGGCCCCCCCCUCUGGUGGCCCAGGUAAUGCAUUUUGUGUUACGUUAGCUUAUGUUUUGCUUCGAGCUGAGGCUCUGGUGCCCCCUCUUCUCCAUCAGUAUGAAAACCCUAUGAAUUAUUGGUUUCGUGUUAUAGUCACGGAGAAACCAAAAGAUGAGCUCUUAUCAAGAACCCAAAUUCCGGCCCCUUUCGAUUCGUCGGCUUUCUA